CUGGCGGGGACGCGCGGCGCGGGCUCCACGGGCCAUGGCGGACCUCACGGUGUGCGCGUUCCUCACCAAAGUGCUGUGUGCUCACGGCGGCCGCAUGUUCCUGCCGGACCUGCGCGGCCACGUGGAGCUGUCCGAGGCGAAGCUGCGGGCGGUGCUGCGGCGCGCGGGCCCCGAGCGCUUCCUGCUGCAGGAGGUGGAGCUGCGCGACGGCCCGUGGGACCCGGAGGCCGAGGUGGCGGCGGGCGCGGGCGCGGGCGCGGGCGGCGGCGCCACGGCCUGCAGGGUGGUGGCCGUGACCUCCGCGCGCCUCUGCGCGCGCUAUCAACGCGGGGAGUGCCAGGCCUGCGACCAGCUGCACUUGUGUCGCCGUCACAUGCUGGGCAAGUGCCCCCACCGCGACUGCUGGUCUACCUGCGCUCUGUCUCACGAUAUCCACACACCUAUCAACAUCCAGGUCAUGAAAAACCGCGGGCUUUUUGGCCUCAAUGAAGCGCAGCUUCGAAUCCUCCUGCUGCAGAACGACCCCUGCCUUUUCCCAGAGGUCUGUUUGCUGUACAACAAAGGUGGCGAUGUCCUUUAUGGCUACUGCAACCUCAAGGACAGAUGCAACAAGUUUCAUGUAUGCAAAUCCUAUGUCCGGGGUGAAUGUACACUUCAGACCUGCAAACGGUCCCACAAGCUCGUCCAAGCCACCACCCUGAAGUUGCUGGAGGACCAAGAACUGAAUGCUUCAAGUGUUGUGAACUUCCAGAUAAUCUGUAUCUACAAACACACGAGGCUGCGCAAGAUGCUUGAAGAUGAAGACAGCUCGGCUUCUGCUGAGCACUCAGGAGUCAUCGAGAAGCAAGGGGCCCCUGGGGCUGGGCCCACAGAAGCCAGGCCUCUGGCUCCCGCCCCUGCUCAAUCCCCCAGGAAGCCCAGUAAACCUUGAAGAAGCAGCUUGUCCGUUUGGGAGGAUCAGAAGCAAGGCUUCGGCUGAGCUGGAGUUGGUAGCCUUUUUUUCUUCCCUUACUGAAUAACAUUGGCAGCUUU